AUGAAGAAUGCUUGUCUGGUCUUGUUGGCAGCUUUGGUUGCAGUUGCGUCCAGUCAACAGAGAUUAACGGUCUCUGGAAACGUCUUCAAACUUAACAACCACCAUGUCUUCUUGUCUGGCGCGAACCUUGCCUGGAUCAACUAUGCGCGCGAUUUUGGAAAUGGACAGUGGGCAAGAUCGAAACCAAAGAUCGAAGAACAGCUCAGGCUUCUACAUCAAGCCGGGGGAAACAGUAUGCGACUGUGGAUACACAUUCAGGGGGAGACAACCCCCAAGUUUGACAACAACGGUUACGUCACAGCACCUGACAACGGGGGGACGCUGCUGGACGACUUCAAAGACUUGCUGGACACAGCUCAGAAGUAA